UAAUUAUGAAUCAAUUUCGCGAUUUUUCGGACCUCAAAAUGACAGAAAAAACGAAUAUCAACUCUUCAAAUGAUGCUCAGCAAUUUGCUCCAAGUUUUUUGUUUGGCGGUCAACAGCCUGCUAGGCGCAGUUUUACAGCUAAAAACGGAGAAUAUGGUUCGCCAGGAAUAUUAAGAAAACGGGAACUUUCAAGUGGUACGGGCAAGAAUGUUCACUGGUCUCCUGUUCUUGUGCGUUCACGUUCAAAAUCACCUGACGCCAGGAAGCUGCAACGUUUAAGCAGCGGAAAAUCUGCUUCUACUUCUCUUUGGAAUGGACCUCCUCUUCGCUCAUUAAACGAGGAAAUUGUUGGACCACCUUCAAAACUUUCGAGAAUGGAGCCGUCGCAUUCAGAGCAAUUUAGCUUUCAGAGCAAUGGUGGUGAACAAGUUGAAGAAAUGUGUGAAAUCGAUUCCGAAGAAACUUGCAAUGGCAGCGAUGGAGAAUUUCAUUGGGUCACUGUUUUUGGCUUUACGCCUGAUUAUCGUGACGAAGUUUUGGAAUUAUUUUCUCGACAUGGGGAUAUCAUGGCACAACGGGCAACGAAGGAUGGAAAUUGGGUACAUCUUCGUUAUUCGUCACCUGUUCAUGCUCGACAAGCUCUCGCCAAAAAUGCAACACUUUUUCAUGGACAAAUGAUUGGUGUUGUGCCGUGUAGGGAACGGGAUGCUUUGACUGUUCAAGAAACAACAGUUCCACCAAAAUCUCGAAAUAGUUCUAACGGUUCCUGCUCAUUUUUGGAAAAUGAUAUGUCUUCGUUACUUCACUUUAAUGGUGGUGAUACUCCGACAAGACUUGUUCCGUCUACUUCUUUCUGCAAAGAAGACAUCUCAGUUCCGAGUCGUGCACGUCUUUCCUUCUCAACACGAUCUGGAAUGCGUCCACUUAACUCAAGUCUUGUUUCUAUGAAUGGCAGUGUUAGUUUUUCUAAUUUAAAUAUAAGACUCCAAUAUUUUUGGGCAAGCUGA